AUGAAGAACCCGAACCGACCCACAUGGCCAAUGUUCUGGUUCAACGAGCCGGCGAAUCUGGGCCAGUUCGGGACCGGUUCUGGCCCGGUUCGAUGGACCGGGUCAGAACCGGCCAUGUCUAUUCCCGUCCUCAUCCCCGCUGCCGUUCUCCUCCAAGGCCAGGCACUGCCGGCCGUCGGAAGUUGGCUCUGCAUAAAACCACUCGAACAACCUCUCUUCCAACCUCUCUAUAGAAACCGCAUCGCACGGCCAGGUGCUCUUCGGGGACAGCGUUGUUGUCCUCGUCGUCGGGGCGAACCCCGUGGUGAUCGUGGAGCAGCCCCUCGCCCAGCUGCUCUCGAUCCCGCAAACACUGCUCCCCGACAGCCACAGUGCCAUCGAAAGCCACCUCCAAAAAUUGUUUUGCAUACCACGAUCAUAUCUAUAAGGACGACAAUGGCAGAAGAAGAAGUAGAGGCGGUUGAGCUUGUUCUGUUUCAAGUUUCCGAAUGUUAUGUUUACAUGAUACCUCCCAGGAAAACUGCAGCUUCCUACAGGGCCGAUGAAUGGAAUGUUAACAAAUGGUCAUGGGAAGGCACAUUAAAAGUUAUCAGUAAAGGAGUUGAAUGCAUUAUUAGAUUAGAGGAUAAGCAAACAGGUGAACUGUAUGCUCGAGCAUUUUUGAGAGAAGGGGAGCCACACCCAGUGGAGCCAGUUAUUGAUAGCAGCAGAUAUUUCGUUCUCCGCGUUGAAGAGAAUAUUGACGGACGGCUUCGGCACGCAUUCAUCGGCGUAGGAUUCCGCGAAAGAACCGAAGCAUAUGAUUUCCAAGCCGCCCUUCAUGACCAUAUGAAGUACCUAAACAAAAAGAAAACGGCAGAAGAGAUGGAGCAGCAGUACCAACAUACUUCGUCAGUCGAUUACAGUUUAAAAGACGGGGAGACCUUGGUCCUUCAGUUAAAGAAUAAAGGUAGUGGCGGCAAUAGCAGCAGCAUAAAAGCAAAGUUGAAUAAUCUUUCGUUGGAGGAAAAGGUUAAAAGCCAAGAAUCAUCGAUUGUCGGUCUCAAAUUGCCGCCGCCUCCGCCAUCGCCAGUGUCCCCAGUUGCAGCUGUUAUGGGCAAGUCCCCUUCGGAAUUUAGUCGAGAUGAAAAUUUUGAAAUGAAGGAUUCUGAAAAAGAACCACAAGAUACACCUAAUGAUGAUUUUGGGGAUUUUCAGGCAGCGGGAUAGAGCAAUGUUUAUAGUGAAUUUUUUCUCUUGCUUGAGGAUUUUUGGGGUGUAAUGUCAUGUAAGAUGACUCUGUGUGUUGAUAUAAUU